GACACAACACCGGUGCGUUGCGUCCAUGGCUGCGUCCCACCAAAACAGGAAGUUUUUAGAGUUGACAGGCUAGCUAACUAGCCUGCAGGUUACAUACGCAUGUUUUAUGUUUCUAGUGUUUAAAUCGUGUGGACUAUCUUUCAAUGCCACAGACGACCAACGAUAAACUCGACAGCAAUUAGACUGUAACAUGCAGUUAUGGAGGAGCGAAAGCUAAAGAGAAAGAGUCCCAAAAUCUCCACCAACACACCGGCUCCGACCAGUGGCACUGCUGGCCGGAAGAGCAGUGCUACCUCCGGGGGACGGCAGGUCGGCUCCAGCCAUAACGCAGGGACUCACUCCAGCCAAAAGAGCAAAACUAGGAGGGGAGUAAGAGACAAACCCAGGCACCCAGGUGUAGGUGGUAAACCUAACCAGAAGCAGGGGCAGGCAGCACCUAUCAUCCAGCACUCCUUUCUGACUGACGUGUCAGACGUACAGGAGAUGGAGAAUGGCCUGCUCAGUCUGCUCGAUGACUUCCACUCAGGGAAACUACAAGCAUUUGGCAAUGAGUGCUCCAUUGGCCAGAUGGAGCAUGUGAGAGAAAUGCAGGAGAAACUGGCCCGUUUGCACUUUGACCUCUACGGCGAGGUGGAUGAAAUGCCAGAGGACCAAAGGAAAGUGGCCUGCGACACCAACAUGGACAAACUACUUCUUAAUCUUGAGGAGCUGAGUUCUUCUAUUCAGAAACUCAAUCUAGCCGACUCCCAAGAGAUCCCGAGGACUGCCAGUAUAGAGACCCCUUCUCAUAACCCCGUCUGAAGCCAGCUUGAUGCACUUCUUCUUCUUCUCUCGAGUAUUGUGGCAGAAAUGGCACCCCAGCUGUUCACCAGCGUCGUCCGUACAGCAGGAUGGAUGUAACAACAGGGAUGCACUUAUUUUUGGAUGCUAACAAUAGACAUGAUUUUAAUUUCAGCACCUUUUCUGAUGAACCCUAAACUGUUUCUCGUAUAAUCAGUGUUAUAUUUAGUGAGGUUUAAGAUCUUUACAUUACUAUCUGACAGUAUACUUUACACUUUGGUAUUUGGUGCAUCCCUGUCUUGGCCAGUUUUAAAGUCAAGUUGUAGCCAGUUCCCUCACAUCCGCUCUGUCUGGAUUUGCAAUACAUAGCUAGCCAAAGUGACAUUUGAUAUGAAGCAUUCUCCUUGUUUGGUCCAAAAGUUGAUGAAUUCCUUCAAAGUGUUUAUCAGCUUUGUUAAAUGUGAACUGACUGCAAACGUGCUCCUUUAGCACUUUUCAGAUAUAUGUGAACUUACUCUGUUGCACUUUGUCUUAUCUUUGUCACAGGUCAGUGUCACUCACAAACUUAGGACCUAGACAUUAACUUAUCAAUAUAUGUAUACAGAAAUUCUUGUUUUGAACUAUUUCCCAUAGCUUGUAUCUAAUCCUAGACACAGCAAAAACCUACUUGUAUCCUAAUUAGUUAAAUUGAUUACAUUUAAAAUGACAUAUAAAUGCACAGUAGAUUCUGACCAUGUUGACUGCGCCGUAUGUUAUUAAGAAAAAUAACCCAAGUUUGUGAUUUUGCAUAUGAUUUCUAGCUACAUAUGAGUAGCCUGAUAUCUACUACAACACCUUGUUCAGUGUUGAAUAUAUAUUUGCACAUAUCCAUUCAAUACGCGGAACACACUGCACAUUUUCAUUGGUGUGAUGCUGGAAAAUGCUGAGUUAUCCAAAUGUUUUCAUCACAACCAUGCCUUAAUGUUUUUCAUUUCAUCAUUUUUGCCUUAUUGGUUCUUACCUUCUAAUCAAACUUACAUAGAGCGGGUUUGGAUUGUGUGGUUUUAAAGAUCAUUUGAUGCUGCUUUGAUUGUAAAUCUUUAUUUUAAUCAGUGUUGUUAGGGGAUGUGGGAUUAUUCAGAAGUGUUUUACUGCUUUAACUGUUUUGUGGUUUGACUUUUAUUGACCCAAUAAAUGUGUUGUCUGAAUCUU